AUGAUUGCCACCACCAUAUUUACGUCAAUCCGAGACGUUGAGCAGUCCACAACAAUUAUUAUCACAUCGUUUUUGGUUGCUAUCGCUCUUUUCAUACGUGUCCCCCGCCCAUCUUUGCCUCAAUUACCUCUUGUAAACAGCCCCAGGCGUUGGGAAUUUUCUUUCACCAACGCGAAGAAGCGGUAUUACGCAAACGCGAAGAACGUCAUACAAGCUGGAUUCGAAAAGUCCAAAAAUGGGUUCUACGCUGUCACCGAGAAUGGGAUCGAGCUGAUUCUCGCACCGAAAUAUGCUCACGCUAUACGAAACGACAAGAGAUUUGAUUUUCACGCCUACAGGGCCCACACAAUGCUCCCCAACGUCGCUGGUCUGAACGUCUUUGAGAUGGAUCAAGUGGGCAAAGAGAUUAUGAGCUACAUCAUCCGUCAGAAACUAACACAUCAACUGGUCGAUUUAGUUGAGCCUCUAUCUGAGGAAGCUAGUGAUGCCUUGCAGCAGAGCUGGACAGAUAAUCCAGAAUGGCACGAAAUCAGCGUCAAGUCCACCGUCCUUGACAUAAUUUCCCAGCAAUCUGCCCGCAUCUUCCUUGGCCGCAGCUUUUCCCACAAUCCAACCUGGCUCGCCCUGUCACGCAGCAUAACCCUUCACGCAUUCAGCGCCGUGCGCGAGCUUCGCGUGUACCCAUCGCUCCUACGGCCGCUGGUUGGGUGGUUUCUCCCCGCAUGUCAAUUGCUUCGUGGUGAGAUAGCCAAUGCCCGGACGCUCAUUGAACCCGUUAUCCUAUCGCGAAGAGCGGAAAGAGAGCGAUGCAUAGCCGAGGGUCUCGAGCCACCAAUUUACCUGGAUACAAUCGCCUGGGCGGAAGAAUGUGCUCGCGGACGCAAAUACGAUCCAGCUGUUUUACAGCUCACUCUGGCACUAUCGGCCAUGCAUAACACCUCGGAUUUUCUCACGCAAGUGAUAUACGAUAUAGCGGCGAGACCGGGGCUAGUAGAGGAGUUGAGGAAGGAGAUUAUUGACGUCCGAACGAAUACAGGAGAAAGAGGGUUUUGGAAUAAGCGGGCGGUGCACCAGCUCAUGUUGAUGGAUAGUGUCAUGAAAGAGAGUCAGCGAUUGAAGCCCACAGGGUUAGUAAACAUGCGGCGCUAUGCAACUGAGAAGAUCCGCCUCGCUUCGACUACUCCUGGAGACAACGACAGCAUCACAAUCGAAAAAGGGGACUUGCUAAUGAUUUCGCAACACAAUCACUGGGACGAGGGCAUCUACCCUAACGCGGCGCAUUUUGACCCUUACCGAUUCUACAAGAUGCGCCAGACGCCCACCCAAGAACAUGCUGCACAUUUUGUAGCGACGAGCGUCAACCAUAUCGGAUUUGGGCAUGGGGCGCAUGGUUGUCCUGGCCGAUUCUUCGCCACCGCCGAGACUAAGCUUGCGCUGUGUCACAUUCUGAUGAAAUACGACAUCAAGCUUGUGGAUCAGCCCAAGGUCUUCACCGUUGGCUCCAUUACGAGUGCAGACCCCGUUGCUCGGGUUGCUGUGAGAAGGAGGAAGGACGAGGUGUCUUUGUAA